CUGUGUAACUAUGAAGGUGAAGGUUUUUAUUAGAGAGUUUUCUGCUCGUGAUUAUCGUUCUUGUCAACGUGAAACAAAAUAACACAAUGUCAACAUUAGUGAAGCUGUUUUCCCUGCAUACGUUAAGAGGUCUACAGAAUUGUCACAUUGCAGGAACAUCUUAUCUGGUAUCAUGCAAAUUCAGCACUUCCAACAGACUUCAUGCUGCCAGUCACUACAAGACGGCCUUAGAGGCAGUACAGGACAUACCCAGUGACUGCAAGCUUCUGGUGGGAGGUUUUGGACUGUGUGGCAUACCAGAGAAUCUGAUUGGAGCGUUGCUGGAGACCAAGCCUAAGGGUCUGACCAUUGUCAGCAACAAUGCUGGUGUCGAUGACUUUGGGUUGGGACUUCUUCUCAAGCAAAAACAGAUAAAGAGAAUGAUAUCAUCUUACGUGGGAGAGAAUGCAGAGUUUGAGCGGCAGUACCUGAGUGGGGAACUGGAGGUGGAACUGACCCCACAGGGAACACUUGCUGAGCGUAUACGAGCGGGUGGGGCAGGUAUCCCAGCCUUCUUCACUCCUACAGGUUACGGCACACUAAUUCACGAGGGUGGUGCUCCAAUAAAGUACAGUCCAGAUGGGGGAAUAGCAAUUGCCAGUGAAAUGAGAGAGUCUCGGGAAUUUAAUGGACGUAACUACAUCAUGGAGGAAGCCAUCACAGGUGACUUUGCUCUUGUGAAGGCCUGGAAGGCAGAUAGGUCUGGCAAUCUAGUGUUUAGGAAGACAGCGCGCAACUUCAAUGCGCCGAUGUGCAAGGCUGCCAAGGUGACCAUUGCUGAGGUGGAGGAGAUAGUGGAGGACGGCCAGAUCGACCCUAACGACGUGCACAUACCCCACGUAUAUGUGCACCGCGUCAUCAAGGGACCGAAGUAUGAGAAGAGAAUUGAGCGCUUAAAGCUCUUCAAGAAGGAGGUGGCGGGGGAGAUGUCUGCAGGAGAGGCCAUGAGGACGCGGAUCAUCAAACGAGCGGCGCUGGAGUUCCACGACGGGAUGUAUGCCAACCUGGGUAUAGGCAUGCCGAUGCUGGCCAGUAACUACAUUCCACCGGGAAUGACGGUGCACCUGCAGAGUGAGAAUGGCAUUCUGGGAUUGGGCCCCUUCCCGACUCAGGACCAGGUGGACCCAGAUUUGAUCAACGCGGGCAAGGAGACUGUCACAAACCUGCCCGGAAGCAGCUUCUUCUCUAGUGACGACUCAUUUGCCAUGAUUCGGGGUGGCCAUGUGGAUAUCACCAUUCUCGGUGCUAUGCAGGUGUCUCGAUACGGUGACCUUGCCAACUACAUGAUCCCUGGUAAAAUGGUGAAAGGAAUGGGUGGAGCUAUGGACCUGGUAUCUAGUGGCAACAAGGUCAUCGUGACCAUGGAGCACACUGCCAAGGGAGGUAAACCAAAAAUCCUGGAUAAGUGUGACCUCCCUUUGACUGGACAGAAAUGUGUGAACAUGAUCAUCACAGAGAAGUGUGUGUUUGAGGUAGACCCAGAACGAGGUUUGAUCCUGACUGAGAUUGCAGACGGUGUGUCCGUACAGGAUAUCAUAGAGUCGACUGGCAGUGAGUUUGAGACUGCCGGCACGGUGAAGCCCAUGGGGCAGUAAGGCAUGUAACUGUAAAUGCAGCUGAAACCAUCAAGCCCAUGGGACAGAUUGCAGACAGCUGAAACAAAUAAUCAACAUAAUCUCUGUAAAGUUUUAUGAUAACUGAUCAUGUGUAAUUAUGUCUGCGUGAAAGAUUUCCAUCCAAAAUGACACAGGCUGCUACUAAAAAUUGAGAUUUUCUAAUCAACAUAUAUCCAAGGAUUUUAUCAAUGUAUGUGUGAAAUGCCACUGAAUACUUGUAAACAUGUUUUCAUGCCCGCAUCAUCUACUACUGUGGGAGGCAUAAAGAUAUUGGCUUGAUUCUUUUGUUUGUCCGUCCAUAGACAAAUAACUUUAAAUUUACCUCAAACAAGCGCUAUGCUCUUAUAAGAAUAACUCUAUUUACUUAUUCAUUUUUCAGGUGUAUAGUGGGGAAAUGAUAAAAUUAAAAUUUAGAGAGCAAUAUGAAAUCUCGCUUUGAACUGUUACGUGUUAUGUUUGUUUUGAUUGUAUUUUUAUUACAUAAUGUAUUGGUGUCAUUAUUAUUUGAAUUUGCUAAGUUAUGUACCCGGUAUCUGCCACUGUGGGAGCGUUCUUUAGAUCUCCCCCAUAGACACCAAGAAAACAGACUUGGGAGAGUUUCAUAUAAGCUUAGGCUUGUUAUGCAAUUGAGCUUAAAUAAAUAGGUUUAAAAAAAAUGUAUCUGCCUGAACUGUAUCAAUCAGAUACAAUAUUGGUUUGUUUCAUGAUUAAUCCCAGAUUUGUGUUUACAUGGCUGAGUGCAGAAUUAGGCGUUCUGCAAACAUGAGUUGCAUUAUUAUCUAGUUAAUAGAAUGCUAAAUUAUGGAAUACGAAUACCUGUUGCUAUAUCAUACUGAGUUGCAACUUUUACAACACACACUUAUGGCAUGUAUGAAAGUAACAAUUUUUUCAAAGCUUAAUAUGAUUUUUUAUAUAGUUUAUUACCUACAUGUACAUACAACCGUAAUAUAAACAUGUACAUAAACAUAUAAAAUAAAGUACACUUUAAAAACUA